UAUAGAAGACUUUGGGCAUCCAUUGACUUAGCUAUAUAAAAUGAAGUAUGCAUUAUCGAAUAGCAUAUCACAAUUCACAAGCCUAAACUAGACAAUAUGCAGGCAUCAAUUCUUGUGAUGAUCAUCUUCACAUUACCCACGCUAGUACUUUCAUCGCAGAAUUUCCCGUUAUCGAAGGAAAACUGCGACGACUCUUGUGGCGACAUACGCAUCCCCUUCCCUUUCGGCACUACAAAAGAAUGCUACCUGGCUAUUCAGUUCUGGGUCACAUGCAACCGCACAACAACCCCUCCAAAGCUCUUUUGGUGGAACACGACUAUCCCAAUCAUAGAUAUAUCCCUGGAGGGCCAAAUCACGUUGCUGCAGCGCAUAGCCAAAGAUUGUUAUCAUCUCAACGCCUCAAGUUCUUUAAGCAUCGAUACGCGGAUAGAACUAACUACUUCCUUCACCGUCAAUUAUACUGCAAACAGGUUCACAAUUGUGGGUUGUGAUGCCUACGCCUUGGUUUCCGGGAAUAGGCUUGACCGCACCUUCAUGACCGGCUGCACCGCCAUGUGCAGCUCCCGGGACGAUCUCACGGAAGGGUCGUGUGCCGGAGUCGGAUGUUGCCAGACUCCCAUCCCUCAAAAUGUGACAACGGUGGGGAUUAGGGUCAAUAGUUAUUCCAAUUAUACCGAUGUUUCGGACUUCAACACAUGCGGUUACGCUUUUGUUGUUAAGGACUCUGCCUUUAACUUUUCAAAGGAUAAUCUAACUAACUUGUUAGACGUUACAAGACUUCCUGCUGUGAUUGAUUGGGCCAUCGGAAAUGGCACAUGCGAGCAGGCUGAGAGAAACGCCGACAGCUACGCUUGCGUCAGUGCAAACUCUCAAUGCUACAAACCCACCAAUGGCUAUGGCUACCGAUGUCGUUGCAAGGACAGAUUUGAAGGAAACCCUUAUCUACCUAAAGGAUGUAGAGAUAUUAAUGAAUGCUUAAAUGAGUCUUUACAUAAUUGCAACAAGCAUGCACUCUGCACCAAUGAAAUAGGCAAUUACACAUGUACUUGCCCCGAUAAUUAUGAUGGUGAUGGAAUGGGCGUAGAUGGGUGCAGAGAGAAACCGCCCAAGGAUACCAAGAUUACUUUUGUCUUGAUUGGGAUUGCCUCUGGGAUCAUUUGUUUGCUACUUGGUAUCAUCCUCCUCUAUUUGGAUCUCAAGAGAAGAUCACAUAAUAAGAUGAAGCAAAAAUUCUUUCUCCAAAACGGUGGCAAUAUGUUGCGAGAGAAACUCGCUAUGAGAGAAGCCUCACCGGAUAUGGUCACCAUUUUCAGCUCAUCCGAGCUACAAAAGGCUACAAACAACUUCCACGACAGUAUGAUCCUUGGUCGAGGUGGCUUUGGCACGGUGUACAAAGGAGUGCUAGCGGACAGAAGAACAGUUGCAAUCAAGAGAUCUAUAAGAGUUGAUCCCACACAAAUCGAGCAGUUCAUCAACGAGGUUGUUGUCCUGUCUCAGAUCAACCACAGGAAUGUAGUAACGUUGCUUGGUUGUUGCCUGGAGACCGAUGCCCCCCUUUUGGUCUACGAGUUUAUCAACAAUGGCACCCUUUCAUCACACUUGCACAAUGAGGCUAAGGCGCGCAUUCUUGAUUGGAACACGCGUCUUAAGAUCGCUACAGAAACUGCAGAGGUCCUCUCGUAUCUUCACUCUUCAGCUUCUACUCCCAUCAUUCAUAGGGAUGUCAAGCCUGACAACAUUCUUUUAGACCAUACUUUCACAGCGAAGGUGUCAGAUUUUGGAGCUUCAAGGUUGGUUCCCGUUGAUCUUGCACAAUUAUCCACAAUGGUGCAAGGGACUUUCGGAUACCUUGAUCCUGAAUACAUGCAAACAAACCAAUUGACAGAGAAGAGCGAUGUUUAUAGUUUUGGAGUUGUUCUGUUGGAGCUAGUUACGGGGAGGAGAGCAUUGAGUUUUGAUAGGCCGAUAGAGGAGAAGAGUCUUGCCAACUAUUUCCUUUAUGUACUCAAACAAGACCUCUUGCUUGAAAUUCUUGAUGAAAAUAUUGUGGGGUUGGAAAAUAUGGAGCAAAUAUCUGUUGUUUCUAAACUGGCAAAAGAGUGUUUGAAUGUGAGAGGCGAGGAUAGGCCUAGUAUGAAGGAGGUAGCGAUGGAACUCGAAGGGCUUAUACUCGGAGAGAGACACUCGUGGGCACGAAUUAAUGUACACGAUGAAGAAGAGGUGGAGUCUUUAAUUCGAAUUGAUGAUGGAAUGAGUCACUUCGGUAAUGGUGAUAUGAGCUCAAAUGUGGGAUAUGAUAGCAUCUCUAGGGAUCAUAUUCCUUUGCCAAUGAAUGGAGGAAGAUGAUGCUAUUUGAGUUGUUAUGCAUUGAUUCUUGUUGUAAAUAAUUAUAAAAUUUCCCAUUUGGUGUAAUUAAGAAUUGUAUACUAAGUCAACUGUAUGUUGGAAUAAAAGUGAUACCAGUUUUGAA